CCCGUUCCAGUCCUUCGAUACUCUCGUACGUUAUUAGCACAGCACUUGUAUCAACUUCUCCCACUGUGGUGUCCCUCGCGUCUCCGGCCGCCACGAGAAAUGGCGGUGGACGAAUGUCCGAGUCGGAGAACAACGAGGACAGCGGCCAGGAAGAUCUUUCUCGGGGUGGCGCUGUUGCUUGUCCUUAGGAUCAACACGUUCGCAGUCGCCGACGCCGUCGUUGAAUACCUACCUGGUUAUUCAGGGAAGCUCCCGUUUAAGCUUGAAACCGGGUACCUGAGCGUUGGGGAUAACGAUGACGUCGAGCUGUUCUACUACUUCAUCGAAUCGGAGAGGAACCCGGUCAGAGACCCUCUUCUGCUUUGGCUCACCGGCGGCCCUGGUUGCUCUGGUUUCUCCGGUCUGGUUUUCGAAAUCGGACCUUUAACAUUCGACUAUGUAUCGUUCAACGGGAGCCUGCCUACAUUGCUUUCGAACCCCCACUCGUGGACACAGAUAGCCAACAUUAUAUUCCUAGACGCGCCGGUCGGCACCGGCUUCGCUUACUCGACCACCCAAGACGGUUACUACACCUCGGACACUAGAUCAGCUAAGGACAUAUACAAGUUCCUCCGGAAGUGGAUUCUGGGCCAUCCCAAGUUCAGCAAGAACCCGCUUUACAUAGCCGGCGACUCGUAUUCCGGCAAGAUCGUACCGCAAGUCACUCUUCUAGCAUCAGAAGGGAUUAUUGCUGGAGUUAAGCCAACCCUGUAUCUCCAAGGGUACUUGCUGGGCAAUCCGGUGACGGAUUUGGACUCGGAUCAGAACUCAAGGGUCGAAUAUCAAUACCGGAUAUCGCUCAUAUCGACCGAGCUUUACCAAUCAGCCCUAGAGAAUUGCAAGGGGAACUACAUGGACCCAGACCCAGAGAACUCUGCAUGCGUGGAAGAUGUCCGAGAAAUCGCAGAGUGCACGUUGAAGAUAUGUGAUGCAGCAAUAUUGGAACCCAAGUGCAGCUACGCGGAACCGAGAUCACGAGAGACAGGACUCAACUGGGGAAGCAGAUUCUUCGACGACCACAUGCCUUCGGACUUGCUCCGAUCGCCGUCUACUAGACGGCCAGAAAACUGGUGUCGAAAUGAGAACUAUGUGCUUUCCUACAUGUGGGCCAACGAUCAAUCCGUCCAGAAUGCCCUUCAAAUCCGCAAUGGGACGAUUCCAGAGUGGACGAGAUGCAACAAGAGCUUGGCUUACAAAGACGAUCUCGACUCCACGGUCCCUUAUCACUACGAACUCAUCGAAGCUGGCUACAGAGCUCUGGUUUACAGCGGAGAUCACGACAUGUUGAUCCCAUACGUGGCCACGGAGAAAUGGAUCCAUUCGCUUAACAUGACGGUCCUGGACUACUGGAGACCCUGGUUCGUCGAUGGCCAAGUUGCGGGGUACACGUUCAAGUCCACCAUAAAUCUUGGAGAUGGCAUGACCUAUGCAACUGUAAAGGGGGCAGGUCACACAGCUCCAGAAUACAAGCCCAAGCAGUGCAUCGAAAUGGCGGACAGAUGGUUGUCUCAUUACCCCUUGUGACGUGGUUUCGGUGUCGUGCCUUCAUGUUGGAAUCAAAUAGAACAUAUGAUUUGGUGGGCCUUGGCUGCUGAAGUCAAGAGAGAACAUCAAUAUAUUCCAUUUUUGUUUU